AUGGCGGCCAGCAGGAGGCUGAUGAAGGAGCUUGAAGAAAUCUGCAAAUGUGGAAUGAAAAAUUUCCAUAAUAUCCAGGUUGAUGAAGCUAAUUUAUCGACUUGGCAAGGGCUCAUUGUUCCUGACAAUCCACCAUAUGAUAAGGGGACCUUCAGAAUCAAAAUCAACUUUCCAGCAGAGUACCCAUUCAAGCUAUGGAAAAUCACAUUUAAAACAAAGCUCUAUCACCCAAACAUCGAUGAAAAGGAGCAGGUCUGUCUGCCAGUAAUUAGUGCUAAAAAUUGGAAGCCAGCAACCAAAACCAACCAAGUAAUCCAGUCCUUCAUAGCACUGGUGAAUGACCCCCAGCCUGAGCACCCUCUUUGGGCUGACCUAGCUGAAGAAUACUCUAAGGACUGUAAACAAUUCUGUAGAAUACUGAAGAGUUUACAAAGAAAUGUGGGGAAAAGUGACCUGUAG